GUAUCUCAUAAGACUUUGAGCUUUACUGUUUUGUCAUCUGAAAAAAAUGUGAAUUACCUGUGAUAUUUGGACUUCGAUGUGAUUGGGCUAUCUCCCCUCAGACCUAUAGACUUGGGUUGUGUCACCCAUUUUUUCUUUUAGUUUAGAGUAUGGGAAGGAGAAUUUUACAUCCUCCCUUUUCUCUUCAUAAGGAAAUGCAGCCUCAGAGUGAUUCCAUAUUCCAGACAGUUCAAAGAAUUCUGAACCAUAAGCUGAGCUUAGUUUCAGACCUGGAAUGGCCAGAUAUCAAGGCGAAGUUAAAAAUUUGAAACCGGAUGAUGAUUCAGUUAUAGAAGGAGUGAGUGACCAGGUACUUGCGGCAGUCGUGGUCGGUCUCGCUUUGAUUGCUGCACUGGCGUAUGCGCUUUUCAGAAAUGCACAUCAAAACAUUCACCCAGAAAACCAAGAGCUGGUAAGGGAGCUUCGGGAACAACUUCAAACAGAACAGGAUGCGACAGCUGCUGCCCGACAGCAGUUCUACACUGACAUGUACUGUCCCAUCUGUUUACAUCAGGCCUCCUUCCCUGUUGAAACCAACUGUGGACAUCUUUUUUGUGGUACCUGCAUUAUUGCGUACUGGCGGUACGGUACGUGGCUUGGGGCCAUCAGUUGUCCAAUCUGCAGACAAACGGUAACGUUACUCCUAACAGUAUUUGGCGAUGAUGACCAGACUCAGGAUGUUGUGCGAUUGCGUCAAGAUAUUAAUGAUUAUAACCGAAGAUUCUCCGGACAGCCGAGAUCUAUUCUGGAAAGAAUUAUGGAUCUACCGACUUUACUGAGGCACGCGUUCAGGGAGAUGUUUUCCGUCGGGGGCCUCUUCUGGAUGUUCCGUGUCAGGAUAAUACUCUGUUUAAUGGGGGCUUUUUUCUAUCUUAUAUCACCUCUAGAUUUUGUACCUGAAGCCUUGUUUGGAAUUCUAGGCUUUCUAGAUGAUUUCUUUGUUAUCUUUCUGUUGCUUAUUUACAUUUCUAUUAUGUAUCGAGAAGUGAUAACGCAGAGGUUAAACAGAUGAAAAAAAUGGGGUUACCAGAAUAUUUGAAUUAGUGUGUAAAAUCAAACAGAAGAACCCACAGCAGUGUAAAGCGUUCAGGUAUUAUCUUACAAGCUUAAAACCAUGGUAUGAUAAACAUUUGAUUAUCAUUUGACAAAUGCCUAGCAAUAUAUAACUGGAAUAUUACCAUGUCAUAGGUUCUAAUAUUAAGUUUAGAAUUAUAAUGAUCUUGAUUCUGUGUUGUCUGUAAAGUCUCUGGAGAAAAUAUGGAACUAUAUAAAAAGGGAUGGUUUUAUGUCUUUUUG